AGAUACUAUACCCGUAUGUUGAAUGUGCAAUGAAUAUGACAGUGUACCACGCAUAACCUACAAGUUGCCCGUUUCUUCUGCCCGAUGUAUCGUGUUAUUUUUGAUUAGAAUUUUUAUCCUAUUCUUUAUCUUUAAAAAAUGGACGAUCCUGAUUUAGAAGCUAUUAGGAAGCAAAGGUUGGCUCAAUUGCAAGCGGGUUACCAGGGAGGCGAUGCCCAAUCGGCAGAAUCGAAGGAAAAGCAGGCACAAGCACAACAAGAUGCUAAAAAUUCAAUAUUAUCACAGAUUCUAGACCAAUCAGCUAGAGCAAGAUUAAACACACUAUCCCUUGGCAAGCCAGAAAAAGGCAGGAUGGUGGAAGAUAUGCUUGUUCGCAUGGCACAAUCUGGUCAAAUUCGCAAUAAAAUAAGCGAGUCUGACUUUAUUGGAAUACUUGAAUCCGUGAAUGCCCAGUUGCCUCAGCAUAACACUUCUGUGAAGUUUGAUCGACGUAGAGCCGCGUUGGACUCAGAUGAUGAUGACUUUUGAAUUGAUACUAUCUCAACUAUGGAAAACUCACACCAUUUUAUUGAUUGUAUUCUAUCCACCUAAAUUAAAUUUACUCCUUUAUUAACUUUAGUUCUUAGUAAACACUUCAAAUCACAUCUAAACAUUAAUAAUUACUCAUCAACACAAAGAAAUGAUUAUAUGACUAGAUUUGUAUGGGAGUAUUGAUUUAUUCAUGUUUUUCAUGUUGUAAUUCUGCAACAAAUAAACAUUAAUUAAUUGGU